ACAAACCAAGCUCGCAAACUGAUCAUUCAGCAGUCCAGUCCAGUACAGUGCAGUGCAGUGCAGCACAGCAAAUCCUUCUUCUAAAAAAUUUCCCACCACCGUUCAAAGCUAGGAAGACCCCGCGAUGGCUUCCAAGACAACCUACAUCCCGCGGUAUCUGCUACCUCAAUACGGCGCGCUAUGGCGCACAGCAGCUUUUGCGAGAGCUCCCCUCAACGCUGAGCUGGGACAGGUGCUAGUGCGCUAUACCUCUAAGACUGCAGCGAGGGCAUCUUCGACCAAACCUAGCCACAACUCGCCCGCCGCUAAAGCUGCUAAGCACUCGGCGCCGACGAAGCCCUUGCCGAAGACUGCGGCUACCAAGGCUGCUCCUAUAACUAAAGAAGUCCCUCCGGAGACCCAAGCACCCGCAACAAAGCCGGGCACGCCCCCCAAGCCCGACCCUUCAAAGCCCAUCGUGCUCGAAAAGCCUGAGCGAUUCAACCCCCCCUCCCACGGCGCACGGCUAGCGAGAUCGACCCCAAAGCACUACGGAGGCCCCAUGACAGACGCAGAGCUCCAAGCCCAGUCCGCAAAAGCGUACCCGGGCCUGCCGCCUCCAGAGAACACAUGGACGCACUGGUUCAUCCACAGCCGAGGGAUUCACUUAUUUAUCACCUUGGGCACCCUCACGUCCCUAGCCAUCUACACCUUCAUCGCCAACUUCAACAACAAAUCCCCCUUCGCAGACCUGAUCCCGCCCAUCUCCGAGUUCCCCCGGCACCCCUUCCAGUACAUCGGCGUCGUGAUCGACGUCAUGCGCAUGCACGAGAAGCACCAGUCCGCCCUGACGGCCGAGAAGCGCCGCCGCAAAGUCGACGACGUCGCUAAGAGGAACGAGUACCGCAAGGCGCAUGGCAUAGAGCCCGCCCAGGGAUUCUGGGCCAGCAGCGAUAGUAGCAGCAGCAAGCCCGCUGAGCCGGAGACUACCGAACCGGUCCCGAUCGUCGAGUCUGCUGCGCCCGAGCCAAAUCCAGCAGCAGCUGAGUUGACCCCGGACGGCAAGCGCAAGAAGUUCCUCGGAAUAUUUUAAGCAUGGGGAUGAAUGGAAGUACGAAGGCGCGCGGAGGAAGAAAGUACCCGUUACUUAUCAGGCGUAUGGCCAGCACGGGCUCUGCUUCCCCUAGAAUAUUCAGAAUCUCCUUCUCUGCUCCGGAACAAGGCAGGUAUUAAUUUCAUGGUAUCGUCAUUUCGCGAUAAAAGCUAUCCCAAGUCGACCGCGUCUAGACCGUCUAAUACCUCGUCCGCUAUACCCCCUUUCUCUAGUACCUUUUGCACCAUGGCCCCAAGGACGGCCACCUUAGUUCCUCCCCUCGGCGCCUUCCACACGCCUUCCACGUCGUCCGUCUCUGCCGCACGGGCCCCUGGGUCCUUGGCUGCCGGCACGCCCUGUCCCCACGCUGCUGCGUUCACCGCGUUAGGUACUCCUGGCGCCGUUAACCGCGAGGGUGGGUCUAUCGU